CCAUCACUGCCAUAUAUGCAUUGACAGUUGAAAGACCUCUCUCCCUCCUCACCGUCCCCUGGCCUGACCUGGAACCGAAACAUUCUGGGCCGAACACCUCGCAACCUCCUCCCUGCCGCCUCCUGAAUACAAGUGCAUCCCUUCCUUUUCCCUCGCCUCUCUGUCCCUGCGUUCCAUACCCCCCUGGGCUCGCCUCUCGCAUCGUUCGCCAUGAGGCACGGCACCAUGCGAGUCCACGUCGCCCUGGUACUCGCAGCGCUGGUGCUCGUCGGCGACGCCCUGCAGCCAGCUCUGGCCGGCGGGUUCAACUACAAGGAUGCCCUGACCAAGUCCAUCAUGUUCCUCGAGGCGCAGCGCUCCGGGAAGCUGCCGCCCAAUAACCGCAUCAAGUGGCGCGGAGACUCCGGCCUCGACGACGGCAAGCUUGCCAAUGUGGAUCUGACAGGUGGAUACUACGACGCCGGCGACAACGUCAAGUACGGUCUCCCGCUUGCCUUCACGGUGACCACCCUCGCGUGGACGGCGCUGGCGUUCAAGCCCGAGCUCAAGUCGGCGGACGAGCUGGACAACGUGUACGCGGCCAUCCAGUGGGGCACCGACUACUUGCUCAAAUGCGCCGCGAGGAAGAACAAGUUGUGGGUGCAGGUCGGCGACCCCAACUUGGACCACCAGUGCUGGGUGCGGCCGGAGAACAUGAAGACGCCGCGGACUCUGUACGAGAUCAACGAGAAGACGCCGGGGACGGAGAUUGCCGCCGAGACCGCCGCCGCCAUGGCCUCCUCCUCCAUGGUAUUCCGGGGACACAACAAGACGUACUCCCGCGGCCUCCUCAACAAGGCCAAACUGCUGUUCCAGUUCGCCAAGAGCCACCGGGGCAGCUACGACGGCGAGUGCCCCUUCUACUGCUCCUACUCCGGCUUCAACGACGAGCUGCUGUGGGCGGCAACGUGGCUGUACAUGGCGACGAAGCGUCAGGUGUACGCGGACUUCAUCUCCCACGAAGCCAUCUCGUCGAGCGUGGCGGAGUUCAGCUGGGACCUCAAGUAUCCGGGCGCGCAGGUGCUCCUGUCCGAGUUCAACAUGACGUCCGGCGGCGGCGCGCAGAGCUUCAAGACGCAGGCCGACAACUUCGUGUGCGCCGUCCUGCCCGACACGGCGUUCCACCAGGUGUUCAUCACCCCUGGCGGCGUAAUCCACCUCCGCGACGGCGCCAACUCGCAGUACGUGACCAGCACGUCCUUCCUCUUCGUCGUCUACAGCGACUUCCUGCUUUGCACGGGGCAGAGCGUCAUGUGCGGGAGCCAGCCCAUAAGCCCCGCGCGGCUGCGGGAGUUCGCGCGGCAGCAGAUGGACUACCUGCUGGGCGCCAACCCGCGGGGCCGCUCCUACGUGGUGGGCUUCGGCGCCAACCCGCCCACGCAGCCGCACCACCGCGGCGCGUCCACGCCCGUGCUGCCGCCCGGGUACGAGGUCAACUGCGGCAUGAGCUUCAACGACUGGUUCGCGCCGGACAGGCCAAACCCCAACGAGCUCACCGGCGCCAUCAUGGGCGGGCCCGACCGCGCCGAUAACUUCAUCGACAAGCGCAGCGCGUCGUCCUGCACCGAGCCGUGCACCUACAUCAACUCCCUCGCCAUCGGCCCGCUCGCCGCGCUCGCCGUCCGUGGCGCCCAGCUCGUCCACGUCCACUGA